AUGGCCAAUCCAGAUUCCUUGGAGCAGUAUCUACUGCUACUACUCUCCGACUCGUAAGUUUCCCGGUCUCAUACAUCGCUUUGACCCCGGCCCGGUUCAAUCGCUUAUCGACGCCAUCUCGCAACAGCAAUCUCCCCACCGGUGGGUUCAUCGCUUCCUCCGGCCUCGAAUCCUACCUCCAACAUGGCCACUCUACCUCGACCAACAAGUCCGAAACGAUCAUCACUUUUCUCCAGCACUCGCUCCACGCCUGCACGAGGUUGAACCUCCCUUUCGUUACGCGGUCAUUCGGCAUCGUUUCCCGAUUACGGAGUCCGACGGUAGCACCGGAAGUUGUACGAAACGAGGUGGUGGACAAAUUACGAUGGCUGGAUCAGGAUUUGGAAGCCAUGACGUUGAAUCAUGUCGUACGAAGGGCGUCGAAAGCACAAGGGAUCGCGCUGUUGACGCUGUACGAACGGGCCUUUGCCGCCCCACCACCACCUCCGCCGAAAACGAACGGAGUCGUCGCGGAGCAGGAUUCCCCGUUCGAUGCGACAAUGAAGAGCUUGGUUGAUGAACUUAAAGCUGCGACCAAAAUGGGGCAGAUGCAAGGCCAUUUCCCGAUAUGUUUCGGGGUCUUGACCGCCGCAUUGGGGAUAUCACUCGGUACGUUCAAGCAGAAUCUUCUCUUAGCUCCGCUGGUGCGCUGACUUUCAGACCUCGUCCGACCAUUCAAGCCUCCACACAACACCUCUUUCUGUUCCUGCACUGCCGAUCCAUCCUCUCCUCCGCGAUCCGACUCAACCUCAUCGGGCCUUACCUCUCCCAUCGAAUCCUUCUCCACGAUACGCGGCCUUUGAUCGACCAGAGUCUGGAGCAGUACCGAAGGACCUAUAUGGUUCCAGAACCAACACACGAAGUGGGGAAGGGAGUGGGAGAGGAAGUGAGGGCAGAGCAAGAUUAUGGGUUGGGCUCGCCGGAUGGUGAUGGACUGAGGGGUAUCGUCGCGACAACGUGGCCAUUAGGGGAGAUCUUACAGGCCCGGCAUGAUCAGUUGCAUUCCAAAAUCUUCAACUCCUGA